AUGUACUACGCCGGCGCUCCUGGUCCGCAGGAUCAUGAGAACCUGCCUGUGUUCACCGUCAACUACCCUCGGAUACAGGUGCCCUUCGAAAUCACCUUGUGGAUCUUACUGGCCUCCUUUGCCAAGAUCGGUUUCAAUGUGUAUCACAAGAUCACCAUUUGGAUCCCUGAGUCCUGCUUGCUGAUCACCGUGGGCCUGGUGGUAGGAGGGAUCAUGUAUUCGGUGAAGGAAGUGCCUCCUCCUGUUCUGAGCUCCAAUGUCUUUUUCCUCUACAUGCUGCCGCCCAUUGUUUUGGACUCCAGCUACUUCAUGCCGACACGGCCCUUGUUUGAAAAUCUCGGCACGGUGCUCUGGUUUGCCGUGGUGGGCACGCUCUGGAACUCCAUCGGCAUCGGCCUGUCACUCUAUGCUGUGUGCCAUAUAGAGGCCCUGGGCGUGCAGGACAUCAACCUUCAGGAGAACAUUCUGUUUGCCUCCAUCAUCUCCGCCGUGGACCCCGUUGCUGUACUUGCCGUCUUCGAGGAUAUCAAUGUCAAUGAGCAGCUCUACAUUGUGGUGUUUGGGGAGUGCCUGUUUAAUGAUGCCGUCACAGUGGUUCUGUACAACAUGUUCACCUUUGUUGCCAACAUGCCGAAAGUAGAGACUGUGGACUUGGUCCUCUGUGUGACCCGUUUUGUGGUGGUGGGCCUGGGAGGCAUGCUCUUCGGCCUCCUGUUUGGCUUUGUGGCAGCAUUCACCACACGCCUCACCUCCCGCGUGCGUGAGAUCGAGCCCCUCUUUGUCUUCAUGUACAGCUACUUAGCCUACCUGGUGGCGGAGCUCUUGUCCCUUUCCAGCAUCAUGGCCAUUGUCAUCUGUGCGGUGACCAUGAAGUACUAUGUGGAGGAGAAUGUGGCCCAGCGCUCCUGCACCACCAUCCGGCAUGUCAUCAAGAUGCUGGGAACUAUGUCUGAGACACUGAUCUUCUUCUUCCUGGGUGUGGUCACUAUUACCACUGACCACGAGUGGAACUGGGGAUACAUCUGCUUCACCCUACUUUUUACCUUCAUCUGGAGGGGCCUGGGUGUUCUGGUUCUCACCCAGAUCAUUAACCCUUUCCGCACCAUUCCAUUCAAUUUUAAGGACCAAUUUGGUCUGGCGUACAGUGGAGUUCGGGGGGCUGUCUGCUUUGCGUUGGCUUACCUGCUGCCACAAAGCAUCACUAGCCGGAAUCUCUUUGUUACCACCACCAUUGUCGUCAUCCUCUUUACAGUCUUCAUCCAGGGACUCAGCAUCAGACCCCUGGCAGAGUUCAUCAACAUGAGGAGGACCAAUAGGAAGCUGAACACCAUUAAUUUUGAGAUACACCAACGGCUUAUGGAACACACUGUUGCUGGAAUUGAGGACCUCUGUGGACAGUGGAGCCACUACUACUGGAAGGACAAGUUUAAGAAGUUCAAUGACUUGGUCCUCAGGAGGAUCCUAAUCAAAGACAACAGAGCAGAGUCAAGCAUUGUGGCUCUGUACAAGAAGCUGGAGCUGCAGAAUGCCUUGGAGCUGCUAGACAAAACCCAAGGUGACCUCAGUGCUGCUCCCUCGCUCCUAGACAUUCAUGAAGAGAGGAUGGCUGCCCCUAAGCCGAAAAAAUUAAAGUUCUUGGCGACUGACCUGAGGAACAUGCAUGACCUGCUGUCCAAGAACAUGUACCAAAUCCGCCAGAGGACUGUGGAGUACACCAAAAAGAGCGCCCUGCCCAAUGAGGCAAAGGCCAGGGAGAUUUUGAUUCGACGGCACGCCAGCCUCAGACACAGCUUCCGGGCUGGUAGCGUCCAGAGGCAGAGUGUGAAAAAGUCCCACAAGUACUUCUCCUUGCCUCCUGGAAAAGGUCUGGAAGCCAUAUUUCCUCCCAAAAGACGCAGCUUUCAUGGUCCAAGAGACACAGAGUUAGAGCUGGAGCCACUGUCAACCAGGCCUGGUGUUGGCGUGUUUCAGCGCCCUUCCCACACAACCGUAACCCCACAGAACAUGGACCCUCUCAAGGAGUUACCCAUGGAUGAGGUUGCCAGCCAGACCUCCGAAGAACUCCCAGCGGAUGGAAAUUGGGACCCCCCCUUGGAACGUGGAUCAUCCCCCUAUCGCACUAGCAGACGUGGUCACCCCGACCAUGGAGUUGAGGUAGGGCGGAUAUCUCCAUCUGCACCCCCAAGAAGGGCUCCACAACCAUUGAGUCGAAGAGAUUUCGGGCAACCAAACACCCAACUCCAGAAACCGCUUUGGAAGCCUCGUAGCCCAGGUGACCCUUCGAGCUCCUGAGAGUAAAGGGACUACUUGUUGGACCAAUCUUGAACAAACCAGAUGGUAACUCUAAGUUCCUGCUGGCACACUGCAAAACCUGAUUCUUUAUGAAUCAAAGAGGAAAAGCA